AAUGGAAACCGGUCUAGGAGGCCAGAAAUAACCAAGGGGUCGAGACAUUCACUCUGGGACGGGCGGCCAACCGGCCCGGACGAAACGCGCUGGUACAGCGCUCGGUUUUGGUGGUAGAAAAGUGCCAUCAUUGGGGCCCUGUUAAGUGGGCCCCCAACGCAAAGAGCUCGCCGAAAGGCGAAGUGAAUCACAAGAAGCAUGGAGCAGUUCGAGCAGCUGCUAACGUGCGCGAUUUGCCUUGACCGGUACAGAAAUCCAAAGCUGCUACCAUGCCAGCACAGUUUUUGCAUGGAACCCUGCAUGGAUGGGCUGGUCGACUACGUUCGACGACAAGUGAAAUGCCCGGAGUGCCGAGCAGAGCAUCGCAUCCCAUACCAGGGCGUUCAAGCCUUCCCAACGAACGUGACGCUCCAGCGAUUCCUCGAGCUGCACAUCGAGAUCACAGGCGAACUUCCGGAUCCGACGAGCGGUCAGACGAUGGAAAGAUGCGGUGUCUGUUCCGAAAAGAGUUACUGCUCUCACUGCGUUCACUGCGACAAAAAAUGUUGCUCCGAAUGCAAGGACGCCCACAUGGACAUCUUGAGGCGUGAGAUAACUCGGAUUAAUUCACAGGUGCGGAGGGGCCUGCAUAGACUCCAGGACGCCCUGGCCCUAGUCGAGAAGAACACCCUUGGUCUCCAAACAAAUUGCACGUCCGUUUCGGAGGAGAUAGACGAGUUCUACCGACGUCUCACCAAGGCGCUGAAAGACCGCACCGACUAUCUGAGAAACGAGGUGGACCGCUAUCUGGGCACGGAGCUCAGAGGGCUCGUCCACCUCAAGGAAAAUCUCGAGCUUGAAAUUUCGAACAUACAGAGCAACUGCGACCUCGCCGAUGCCCACAUAAACGAAAACGUCCCGUGGGAUGACGCUGAGCUGCUUGACACCAAGGAACUCUUUCUACGCACCGUCGAGUUCAUCAGAAACUUCGAGUAUGAAGCAGGAGACUACAGUCGAAGGGUGCGCUUCAUGCUGCCUCACGAACCAAACCAGAUGGUGCUGCACCUAGCCGGUUACGGUGAAUUGAACAUCAAACCCGAGACCGGAAGUGGCAACAUGCUGGGAGGAUCCGGAGGACUUGCGCCUCCCGGAGGACCUCAGGGUCUUAUGAGGAGUAAAAGCGAUCACCGCCUCGCCUCUCAGUAUCGCCAACAAGAGGAUGAACGCACCCCGAGGAGCCGCUACGUUCCCGAUUACGAGUACGAAACGCCAGACUACGAGCCGCCCCGAAACAAAUCUCGGUACAGGAGUCGAUUCAUGCGCCAACGAGACGCGGAGGAUUCCGACGGAGAUACGAGGGCCGUCAGGUUCACGGGGGCGCAAACGGAAUUGACGGGAGGAGCUGCGCCGACCCGAGAGAAGGUCCUGGAUACGGAGGAUGCGGGAAAAGGACCGCUGUCUGGUAUUUUCCGGCUUACGGACUCGCCCCGUGUAAUGCUCAAGCUGCAGGAAUGCGAGCGCGUUGGGAAGAAGAAGAAGGAGGAAGUUCCCGCGGCCACGCAACCCGCGCAGCCACCGAAACCUCAGGUCCAAGUGAGGAAGGCGCCACCCGCUGCUGCCGCAAGGCAGGUAAGCGAGGACGACGAGAUAUCAAGGAUCAAAAAGCAGAACAAAAACGCACCGUCUUCCUCGGAAACGGCGUUAGCAGAAGUCCAUCCCCCAACUUCCGUCACUAUUCCGACAGUCCCUCAACCGAGGGAACCGGCGGAACGCGAAUCUGAGGAAUCGCUCAGGAGAACUUCGGCCGCUAGAAGGACAUCAGCGCAGGAUGCGCAUCCGCCGGCAACUCGAAGCGCUUCCUCCGACUCGAGCACCGGUUCGGAAAGCUCGACGGGUUCCGGUAUCCGAAGCACCGGUGCUCCGUUCACGGCCGAAGAGAUGAAGCAGAGGUACUUGUCUCGAGCACCGGCAACAGGAACGACGACAACCGUAUCGGCGUCACCAAAUCCGCCGGCGAACAUCCCCCGAGAGGCGGCGGCUCCGACGACGACGACGACGACGACGACGACAACGCCGCAGAGACCGUUUCAGAGUCGUUUUUUAGGCGGAGGUAACCGUGCCGCACCGGCACCGCCACCUCCGAGGGAAGAACCGGCGAAGAAAGAAGAGGAGGAGGAAGAGGAGACGACAAGCUCCUCCGAGGAGACUGACUCUGAAACGGAGGAGGAAUCCGAGCCGGAAAAUCCCUCGACACCCACCCAGAGCUCGGCUCCAUCCGCUAGUCAAAAGACAUCCGGGGAAUCAGCAAUGGCAAGGACCGACAUCGGGGCGCUUCUGGCUCGAAGUGCGGAAGCCCGACGAGGGAGCAAGGAGGAAUCACCUUCCACCAGGUACACCUCGUCAAGGGGAAGUCCCGCCCAUUCAACAACGACAUCAUCGGCGGCGCCGACCCCGAGCGCGACCUCUGGCGGCUACACCAGCAGGUUCGUAGCAAACGAUGACAUUCACCACUUCAAUUAUUGUACCAAUAACACUCUCGACGAUAUCGUUGAAUGCGAGCCCGACGAGGUAGGCGACGACUCGCCGCCUUCAAUUAACGACGGCGAGAAAUCGAACUCAGAUAAUAAUAAUGUUACUACUACACACGUAAAAAGCUCGCUGGUAAACGUUAGUGAAAAUAAAUCGAGUGACGAAAAUGAGGAACAGCUGGCGAUUGCCACUGCGACACGAUUAAGUAACGGCGUCGAUAAAGUCGCAACCGAUCCGAACGCGUCUUCGGUCGAUUCCUCUUCCCCCGUGAUUAGAGGCGCUGCCGUCGCUUCGCCCGACCCGAAAAGUCGCCUCGUUCGCCGCGAUACCGUCGGUGAAAACGAGUUCGACUCGAACGGAUGGCGCGUGGAUUCCCCGGAGCCAAAAAACCGCCCCCCUAUUUCCGACGCGAGUGACGUCACGCCGAAGGACGCCGAAGAGGAGAAAGCUUCGGCCGAUCGGCCGAAAGGACGAACGAUCGCCUACAAGAAGCGGGAAAAGUCACCGACCCUGGGCAGCAACGGAUGGCUGAUCGACAGUUCCGACGCCGAGGAAUUCAACGUCAGUUCACGGGAACCGGAAACGACCUCGGAAGUAUGGAAGAAGAGCGCGGAGUCCGAGAACAACGACGAGCGAGAUUCGGGGGGCGAAGAAUCUGCCGAGAAGAGUGAACCGGAAGUUGAGGAGCUAGACGAAGCUUUGGGAAAGGGGGAGAACGAUGACAAGAACAACAAUAACAGCAACAACAACAACAAUGCGGACAACGUGUCGAUGAUGAACGAACGAAACGAUCCCGAAGACGACGAGGAGGAAGAAGAGGACCGGGUGACUUCGAGCGGAAGUUCGUCGGACGAGGAUGGAUCGACGAACUCGGCUGCUAACUCCGAGGGUAAUGUCGCAGCCGGAGAAGCGCCGAUUGACGCGAAGAUAGAAGUUGGUCCGAGUGAUAAUGUGGUUUUGGAAAAUGUGAAAGAGGACUCGAAAAUAAGGGAUGAUAACGAGCUAGAUAGCGGUGACGGAAGUUUGAAGGACUCGGGCACGGGAGAUAAAUUGACGUCGGUAAGGGGAAACGAAGGUUACGAAAUUGAGGAAACGUUAGAGAGUGAAUUAUCGACGGUCAAUGAGGUCCACGAUAAGGAUGACGAGGCUGACGAGUUGACGGACGGCCAUCGCGGCUCUAAUGAUAACGAUAACGACGGCGUAAAGAGGAUCGCUAAAUAUCGUUAUGGGGAAAAUGCGCCCGAUUCGAACGAGGCCGGUGCCGAUGACGGCGAGUUAUUGAUAGGCGCAGCAGCUGUCGUAAAAAACGAUUCCUUGAAACCGAACGUUGCUUCGGGGGCAAACCAAUCCGUUAAGUCUGAAAAAAGUGACGAAAGUCUAGACAUAGGUACGCAAAUGCAAAUGGUAACCACCGUCUUCUGUGUGUCCGUACUGUGUUACAGCGUUCUCAUUAAUUUAUUAUUCGUGUGAGUUAUGUACUAUAUCGUUUUUCAUCCAUCGAGAUUACAGACGUGAAAUAUGCAAAUGUUCCUCCCUUAUAGAGGGAAAACAUUGAUGCUGUCCUCCUUGUCUUUCGUUCGGUUAAAAUUCAUCAUUGUUCGCUUCCUGUCUGUAAACUCUGCGGAUUUGCCACGAAUGAAUAUUAACAACCAUAAAUACAAAAAUAACACAUUACACGUAUAACCGUUCACGAUAUAUCCAUGCAAAUACGUGUUAAUUAAACUUCUUUUUCUACUUUUACACUAUCUUAAUAAUAAUAAUAAUAAUAAUAAUAAUAAUAAUAAUAAUAAUAAUAAUAAAGUCACCCGCUCAUGAGCUUUCGCCGCAUACCGCGUCGGGUUACGCUAAUUAAUAAUGUCAACGGUUUAUAGUUUAACCAAACAAUAGCAGAACAAAUAGUAAUGAUACAUUGUUGUUGGAAGAUAUGGCUUGAGUUGAUCGCCCUAAGAUUGACCUAAAAAUCACGAAACAGCUUGCGUAAACUCAGUAAGCUGUUCAAUCGACUUAGAGUGUAAAUAAUAUUUUUUUUUUUUAUAACAGACAAAAAACAAACUAUUAUUUGUCUCAUUCUGAUGAAUUACAGCUCAUUGUGCGUUCGUAAAUGGAUACUCCAUAAGUUUCCUAUUUGAAACCUGAGAUAGUUUUAUACGCCACGAUUUUUCCUCUCUUUUGUCAAACAAUCUAUCCAAACAAAAUACGUAUCGAAAGAGAAACCUGAAAAAUUAAUUUAUCAACAACAUGAGUAGGUAGAAAUUAGAACAACGUGAUCACACUGAAGUUGUAAUUAAUUGAGCUUGUACAAUGCGAGUGCCCGAUUUUUCAACUUCAUUUUUGCAAUCUAAUACAACUUCGAUUAACUUGAACCAUAUCUUUCAACGUUUCAUUUCAUAAUUAGAUUAUACACCUGUAGAAUAGCGAAUUAGAUUCGGUAUUAGGAUGAAUGUUGAAACAGUGGUGGGAGCUUACAAAUAGAUUUUUCCCUUCGAAAAGGCAUUGAAAUGAUGAUACGAUGAUGUUAAUUAUCCCUAUUCGCUAGAUAAAAUCGCAUUUUUUUUUCUAAUCAUCUUAUGUAGUUGAACCCAAUGAAUACGUUCAAUUUGUAGACGUACAGACGCGUCCGUAUAAACAUUCUAUGCAGCGUAUGUAUUUUUGUACUUGCAUAGUGUAAUAUUAUACAUAUACAUUGUGAUAUUUCGAUACGUAUACAUUACACAUAUAGUAAUAUAUAUGUUUCCGUACAUUAUAUAUACAUAAACUUCGAAACGAAAGCGUUCCUAUCGGCAUACAUACCUCUUUUGCUCAAGUCCGUACUUAAAUAUAGUACAGUAUGUACAAAUUGCACUACUUUUCACUGUUGUUUCAUCGCUUAAUCGCUGCAACUUGCAAGUGUGUAAUCGUAUCACGUAUUUCUUGUAUAGAUUUACAAAUGUAACGGAUGGUUGAGACGACGAGCAAAUUACAUCAAUUUAUCUGUUACUUUACACCGCAUUUAUACUAUCGUAGAGAUGAUUUUUUUUCCAAUCCUUUGCUUUUUGUACUUUCGUAGAAAAAAAUAUAUAUACAUAUGCUACGCAUAAUAGGCGCACAUAUAGACUUGCAUAGGAUAUAAUGGUUAUUGGUGUGGUAAAUAAACUGCAUUUUGUGAUAACUCGCAUUAUUUAUUUCCCUUUCACUGUACAUAUCCUAAUUAUUUAUACAAUGUGACAAAAGAUGCAGUUUUUUUGAAAUUUUUUUUUCUUUUUACCUAAUUCUCAAUUGAUAUCACUGUAAUUUUUUUUUUUUGUACAUGUAUUUUACACAUAUAUUCUCAAUGUUCAAUGUUCAUUCUUUUCGUCUCGACUAUACAAUUGUUUCUCGUACGAUUCACGAAAGCAGCUCAUUACAAGUAUACACAUACACUACAACAUGAGCAUAGCUUUAAGUAAAUGUUUUUGUAAACAUAACUUCUUUGGGAUGAUUUUCCCGAUGUUACAAAAAAAAAAAAAAAUUUCUACUCACAGCUAACGAAUAACGAUUAACUUUAUGCGAUUAACAUAUCUUAUAGCGAUAUUGAUUAACAUGAGAAUUGAAUAUUGAAAACUUAAACUUUGAAAUGUACAUAAAUGACGAUUCGAGGGAAAUUUGUAAAAAGUAUUGUUUCACUGCCAGUCAAAAUGAAAAGCGAGUUAUCACUCAUGCUAGCCGAAGUAAAUUCUUUUCACUGUUUGCAAAACUAUAGCAGAUAGGCACGCUUACGAUUCAACAACCAACGUAACGUACCAUCGACGAUGAUAGUGUACAGAGAUAAUUGACCUAUACGUAUCUAUUGACUUUCAUUGAACAAAUAAUAAAUAGUUCGCAAGAAAUGUUGGGGAUUGUUUUAAAGAAAUUUGAACCGUGUCUAAAGAGCACAAAACCUCUAGCCCACUAAGAGACAGGAUAUAAGGAACGCAAUUUUCAGUUAGCACGGAUAGAGGAGCUACGGAAGAAGCCUUCUUGCCAGCGUCACCGACCCGCCUCGAGGCCCUUGCACUGUCGGCGGAAAAAGAGAAAGAAAAGAAAUAGACAAAAGUAGAUAGAUUUUAGGGAACGUUCAGGGAUAUGGCUGCAGGUCUGCCGCGUCGGCGUUGGCAUAGGCGGAUUCUUCCGUACCGGCUUCGAGGUCGAGGCUCCGAAAAUUUGGUAAUAAUCGAAGGCCUACCGCCGGUUUUAGGUUCCUCAACAAGAGCAGAAGCCAGGCGGCCAUGGCGGCAGCGCGUGAACCGGAUCCGGAG